AUGGAACAUUUUGAAGAUUCGGGUCCUUGUGUAGUUUUGGCCAGUCCCGGUAUGCUUCAAAAUGGUCUUAGCCGGGAACUUUUCGAGAAAUGGUGCACAGAUGCAAAAAAUGCUUGCAUCGUGGCUGGCUACUGUGUCGAAGGAACUCCUGCCAAGCAUAUACUCUCCGAACCUGAAGAGUUCGUAGCGAUGAACGGUGACCGUCUGCCUAUGAGACUACAGGUUGGGUAUAUCUCAUUUUCUGCACACACAGAUUUUCAACAAACACUCGCAUUUGUCAAACAGCUCAAACCUCCACAUAUGAUUCUUGUUCACGGUGAAAUGCACGAAAUGAGUAGGCUAAAAGCAGGGAUUCUACGAAGCUUUGAAGAGGAGAACAUGUCGAUUGAGAUACACAAUCCUCGCAACACAGACACAGUUCGACUGCAAUUUCAAGGUGUAAGAAAGGCGAAGGUGGUCGGCUCAUUAGCAAUAAAAUCCAACAAAGUUGGCGACGUAGUUAGUGGAAUUUUGAUCAAGAGGAAUUUUAAUUAUCAAAUUGUUGAUCCUAAAGAUCUCACAGGUGUGCAUGUGGUAUACUUUUUUCAGAACGUUGUCUCUAAUUUUUUAUUUAGUGUUCACGGAUCUAUCAUCAUCUCGUCUUUCUCAACGACAGUCCGUGUACUAUUCUGGAAGCUUGCCGUUGCUCUUGUACAGCUUGAAUCAACUAAAUGA